CAUAUGACCGAGGCGCUCAUGGGGGUGGCGGGGCGGCUCUAGGACCGGGGGCCUAGCGAGCGCCCUGAGGAGCGACCCCAGCCUGGCGGCGGCCAGCAUGGCCCCUACGCUGUUCCAGAAGCUUUUCAGCAAGAAGAGCGGGCUGGGCGCGCCCGGUCGGGACGCGCGGGACCCGGAUUGCACGUUCAGUUGGCCUUUGCCAGAGUUUGAUCCAAGCCAAAUUCGACUGAUUGUUUAUCAAGACUGUGAAAGACGAGGGAGAAAUGUCUUGUUUGACUCCAGUGUUAAGAGAAAAAAUGAGGACAUAUCAGUAUCGAAACUGUGUAGUGACGCUCAAGUUAAAGUCUUUGGGAAAUGCUGCCAACUGAAACCUGGAGGCGACAGUUCUUCCUCCUUGGAUAGUUCUAUAACUUCAACUUCUGAUGUAAAAGACCAGUGUCCUAAGUACCAGGGUUCUCGGUGCUCUUCUGAUGCCAGUAUGCUUGGAGAGAUGAUGUUUGGUUCAGUAGCGAUGAGCUACAAAGGAUCCACUUUAAAAAUUCAUCAGAUCCGCUCCCCUCCACAGCUUAUGCUCAGCAAAGUUUUUACUGCUCGGACUGGCAGCAGUAUUUGUGGAAGUCUCAAUACGCUGCAAGACAGUCUUGAAUUUAUCAAUCAGGACAACAAUACAUUAAAGGCUGAUAAUAACACAAUUAUUAACGGACUACUUGGAAAUAUAGGUCUUUCACAGUUCUGCAGCCCCAGGCGGGCGUUCUCUGAACAGGGUCCGCUCCGCCUGAUCAGGAGCGCCUCUUUCUUUGCAGUUCACAGCAACCCAAUGGACAUGCCUGGAAGAGAGCUGAAUGAGGACAGAGACAGUGGCAUAGCACGUUCUGCAUCUCUCAGCAGCUUGCUUAUUACUCCGUUUCCCUCUCCAAACUCCUCACUUACUCGAAGUUGUGCCAGCAGCUAUCAGCGACGUUGGCGACGCAGCCAGACAACAAGUUUGGAGAAUGGGGUGUUUCCUAGAUGGUCUAUAGAAGAAAGCUUUAAUCUGUCAGAUGAAAGCUGUGGCCCUAACCCAGGAAUUGUGAGGAAAAAGAAGAUUGCAAUUGGGGUAAUCUUUUCAUUAUCCAAAGAUGAAGAUGAAAAUAACAAAUUUAAUGAAUUCUUUUUUUCACAUUUUCCUCUCUUUGAAAGUCACAUGAACAAAUUAAAGAGUGCAAUAGAACAGGCUAUGAAAAUGAGCCGGAGGUCAGCUGAUGCCAGUCAGAGGAGUUUGGCAUAUAAUCGAAUAGUUGAUGCCCUAAAUGAAUUCAGAACAACAAUUUGUAAUCUUUAUACAAUGCCACGAAUUGGAGAGCCUGUCUGGCUUACAAUGAUGUCUGGGACUCCAGAAAAGAACCAGCUUUGCCACCGUUUCAUGAAGGAGUUCACUUUUCUAAUGGAAAAUGCUUCAAAAAAUCAAUUCUUGCCAGCACUUAUUACUGCAGUUCUCACGAAUCAUCUUGCCUGGGUUCCAACAGUCAUGCCAAAUGGACAACCACCUAUAAAAAUCUUUUUAGAAAAACAUUCCUCUCAGAGUGUGGACAUGUUGGCAAAGACUCAUCCGUAUAAUCCACUUUGGGCACAACUGGGGGAUUUGUAUGGUGCUAUCGGCUCUCCUGUGCGGUUAGCAAGGACUGUGGUAGUUGGUAAACGACCAGAUAUGGUCCAGAGACUACUCUAUUUUCUUACGUACUUCAUAAGAUGCUCUGAACUUCAAGAAACCCAUCUUUUAGAAAAUGGAGAAGAUGAAGCCAUCGUUAUGCCAGGCACAGUAAUUACUACCACUUUAGAGAAAGGUGAAAUAGAAGAAUCUGAAUAUGUGCUUAUAACAAUGCAUAGAAACAAAAGCAGUUUGCUCUUUAAAGAAUCAGAAGAAACAAGGACUGCUAACUGUAACUGUAAAUAUUGUAGCCAUCCACUUCUUGGGCAAAAUAUAGAGAAUAUUUCACAACAGAGAGAAGAUACUCAAAAUAGCUCUAAGGAACUGCUAGGAAUUUCAGAUGAGUGUCGAAUGAUUUCUCCUGCUGACUGCCAAAAAGAAAAUGCUGCUGAUGUUAAACAGUAUGGAGAUAAAUUAAGAACCUGCCUUGACACCAAGUUAGAGACAGUUGUUUGCACAGGAUCUGCUCCAAUAGACAAAUGUGCAUUGUCAAAGUCAGGGCUAGAGCCAGCAGAGGAAGCAUGGCAGAGAGAAGAAUUGCUGGAUUCAGAUAAUCAUGCAGACCAAGUGUUGAGAUCCACAGGAGUGGUUGUGGAAAAAAAACCACCAGAUAAGGAUAACCUUGUGACUGCUGCAUUUUCUUGUGAGGCAACCCAGACAAAGGUUACUUUCUUGAUUGGGGAUUCUUUGUCACCUGACUCAGAUACUGAACUGCGUAGUCAGGCAGUGGUGGAUCAGAUCACCAAGCAUCACACCAAACCGCAGAUGGAAGAAAGAGGGGCUGCUGAUCAGCAUCAAGAAACAAAACAAACAACUAAGGACCAAUCUGGCGAAUCUGAUAUACCAAACCUGGUUUCUGGAGAAUCCUGUGACCAUCCCUGUUGGAAUCCCUCAGACUCAGAAAGCAUAAGCUUAUUUGAUGAAUAUUUUAAUGACGAUUCCAUUGAAACCAGGACUAUUGAUGAUAUUCCAGUUAAAAUAAGUACAGAGAGUAAAGAGCAUUGCUGUAUGUUAGAGUUUUCAAAAAGAUUAUAUACAAAAAAUACCAAACAAAACAAUGAAUUUUGUAAGUGUGUAGAAACAGUUAACCAAGAUUCAUGUAAAACCUGCUUUCCUCAGCAGGAUCAAAGAGAUACACUCUCCAUUCUUGUCCCCCAUGGGGAUAAAGAGAGUUCAGAGAAAAAAAUUGUUGUAGGGAGUGAGUGGGACAUUCCAAGAAACGAAAGUUCAGAUAGUGCCCUUGGAGAUAGUGAAAGUGAAGAUAUAGGUCAUGAUAUAAGUAGACAAGUAAGCAGUUAUUAUGGAGGAGACCAAGAAGAUUGGGCAGAAGAGGAUGAGAUACCUUUUCCUGGAUCAAAAUUAAUUGAAGUGAGUGCUGUUCAGCCAAACAUUGCCAACUUCGGAAGGUCCUUGUUGGGUGGCUACUGUUCAUCUUACGUGCCUGACUUUGUUCUUCAAGGAGUUGGGAGUGAUGAAAGGCUCCGUCAGUGUCUGGUAUCAGAUUUAUCUCAUGCUGUGCAGCAUCCAGUGUUGGAUGAACCAAUAGCAGAAGCUGUGUGUAUUAUAGCAGAUAUGGAUAAGUGGACAGUUCAAGUGGCCAGUAGCCAGAGACGAGUGACAGAUAAUAAAUUGGGAAAGGAAGUACUGGUUUCCAGUCUUGUUUCUAACCUGCUUCAUUCCACGCUUCAGCUUUAUAAACAUAAUUUAUCUCCAAAUUUUUGUGUAAUGCAUCUUGAAGACAGGUUGCAGGAGCUAUACUUCAAGAGCAAAAUGCUUUCAGAGUACCUGAGGGGGCAGAUGCGUGUUCAUGUCAAGGAACUAGGAGUGGUUCUAGGGAUUGAGUCCAGUGAUCUUCCUCUUCUGGCUGCUGUAGCAAGCACUCACUCACCAUAUGUUGCCCAGAUACUCCUUUAGCAUGCUCAGAAAAAUUAACUUUGGUGGAAAGUUUAAGUGGAAGCCAAGGAAGCAGACACACUAUCCAUUUAUGGCAUUUUUUUUUUCCCUGUUAGACUUCCUCCUGAAUGAAUCCGUCACGUGGAUGUCCUCCAUUGCAGUGCAUAUUUUGUGAGCAUUUGAUAGCUUUUUCCUUUUGACUGGACUUUUGCAAGGUGGUAGAUUUUUAACUAAAUGGAACUAAAAUAGCAUAAAUAAUUUUGUGGGAAAGCAUUUGAAAAAACCAAAAUGUUAAUGUAAAAAUUUUACAAACUGAAUAGUACUAAGAAAUUUCAUAAGAUCACUACAAUGUUGCCAUGAUUCAUAAAUAAUAAUAUAUGGCUCAUUGUUAAAUGGCGCAGAAAUACUCAUUUUAUUAGUUUAAUUCUUCUAAAGUACAGAUCUGUAAAACUUUAUUUUUUGUUUUUCAGCUCAAAAUAGCAAAUUUCUGGGUAUUUCUCAAAGUAUUCAAAAUGGCCUGUUAAUUACAAUAAACAUAAUAAUGAGUGUAAAUCUGUUUUGUUAUCCACCCAGGUGUACAUAUGUAUCUAUUUUUUUUUUUUUUUAAGCAGGGGUAAACUACAAGAUUGGUAAACAUGCCUUUUUAAGAAAAUAUAUUUUCAACUUGUAUUAAUUGUAUAUAAUGUCAAAAUGUUACUUUUCAGUGAUUUUUGUGUUUCACACACCCUAAAAUAUAAUUAAAGCCAAUCUUUUCUUAAGGCUAAUGAAUAUAAAUUCACAAAAUAAGUAUACUACUUUAUACCAUUUGUUUUGUUUACAAGUAUAAUUCUUAUAAAUGUUAAUAUUUACAUAUUCACUAAUUUAAUAAAUGAAAAUUAGGGAUAAAAAUGACACCAAAGCAUUGGCAAAAUUAAUACUAUUUUCAUUGAAAGUGCUCAGGUAGCCGAGGCCCUUGCUUUCGGUAUCGGCCCUUAUUCAACUCAUAGAACUGAAUGUUUGCUUCACUGCUUCAUAAUACUCUUUUUGCACUAAUAGAACUCAUUAACUGUUUAAGUUACUCUUUUUUCUCUAAUAGCCCCUCUCUUCCAAAAGCUGAUUUUUUUUCAAAGAUUUCCACUCUUUUAAUUGUUACUGUUUUUGUAUAUACUGUAGAGUUGCUUGUAAGAAAGGCUAAUAUGGAACCAAACUAUUGUAAGUAAUGUAAAUAGAAAGAUAGGUAGGUAAAAUCGUCAAUAUGCUCUACUACCUCAGUUUACUUGAAUACUACAUUAUAGUUAAUUCUUUACUUAAUCUGGUUUAAGAUAUAUAUAUAUUUUUUUUUUUUUGGUUUAAGAUAUUUUUAAUGCUGCAAGUGAAGUUGGUUUCUGCUUUUAUGAAAUAUUUUCAUCAUAAUUAAUUGAUUAGCUUAAAAAAAGAAAACCACUUGCUUUAUUCUGUUACUAAACACAUUACUGUAUAAUACAUCUGUUGUUGCUCUUUAAAUUUUUAAUAAUUAAGGAAUAUUUCCACAGUUUGUUUAGACUUUGACCUUGAAUUUAUAGUGUUGGGUCAUAUUUUGCCUUGCUUUUUAUGUAUUCAAGAAAUCUCCAACUAGACUAAGGAGAAGUGUUUGUUUUAAUGGAAUGUAAACCUGAAACUGGUGUUCCUGCAAUCAGUUUGGCCCCUUGUCCUAUCAGUUCUUCCCAGCUAGUACCUAAGUCUCCCGUGGAUGACUUGCUGCCAAAGAAUGUUUAUGGAUAUAUUUUCUUUGGCUUAAUUUUUUUAUCCUUUCGUUAAUGAAAUUCUUUCCUCUUGCUUGGAAUUCUAUGAAUAUCUCUUUGGCAGAAUUCAGAACAUAAAAAAGUUCAUAUAUGGGCCUUUGGAUAUUACUUUUUCAUUAUAGCUCAGAAUGAUAUGUAGCAUUUUUUGUAUGUUUUUUUUUUAAAUUAAUUAUCAAACUAGUCAUAGUUCUAUCUAUUUGAAAUCUCUAAUUACAAUUUAGGAAAUCAGUCUUCGUUCAGUAAGUGGAUAGCUCAUGUACUUGGCUUUGCUUGGAAGGAGAAGGCCCAUAGUUUCUUAUAAAAUCACUAAUCCUUAUAGGAUUCCUGAGUUUUAUAAUUCCCAGACCACCUUUAACUUCUUCUACUUUUGUCAUAGUCAUUCUUUCCUUAUAUACAAAGCCUAAGAAAUGAGCUGCUACUGCUUCUUUAAGUGUGGUCACUAUGAUGAAUGUGAAAGUUUUUGCCUCUUUGAAAUAAUUUUUCUCAACUUCUUAUGGUACAGAUAUGUGUUACAUAUUUAAAGAAACCUGUUUGUUGAAACAGGAAAUGAAAAAGGGAUCUUUAAUAUUAUAGAUUUAAAACUAAUUUUCCUUGUAUAUAAACUAAUUGGUUUGAUUUUACAUAUUUGUGGUUUUUAUUAAUAUGUCUUAAUUUGAGUUGAAAAGUGCAAUAAAUGUACUAGCACAGAAUUCAUUUUGUUGCAAUUGGCAUACACUGGGGAUGAUCACUUUUAAAAAAACCAGAUUUUACACAAUGACUCCUGGUAGAUGUCUUAUGAGAAUGUUAUGCUUUCUCUAAGUUAUUUAGAUAGUGGGAUAUAUAAAAUGUAUAUACUUGUUCCUUGUUCUGUACACAUUUCUCAGAUGUUCACCUGUACUAUAAUAAACCUCCCAGUUCUCGGGGAAAUUUGUGCAAUAAAAUACACAUGUCAAUUUGAUGUGUGAUGUUCGUCUUUCUUUUCAUGUGUUAUUGAGACAUGCUCACAUCAUGAACUCUGUUGUCAGACCACUUUGAUUCUUUGCCCAACUGUCACACUUUUAGGUGCAUGACUUUGUUCAUAUUGUCAUUCUUUAAUCCUCAAUUUCUGUAUUGGUAAUUUGGUAGAAUCUAUUUUAUGAGGCAAAAACCAACUUGACUUGUGAACAUUAUUUCCCUGUUUUCUCUUUAUAGUUUAACCUCUGUAUAUGUAGCCCCAAGUGAAAUACUUUAAUUUUGCUUGUGUUUGAACUUUGUGCUUGUGAUUAUAUGCCAUAUUUUAUUUAUGCUUUGCUUUUUUUCUUUUAACAUUGUUGGAAAUUCAUCCCUGUGCUAUGUAGCUGGUAUUCUACUGAGUGAUUAUACUACAGUUUACCCAUUACAUUGUUGAUGAACAUUUGAGUUAUUUCAGCUUCUGUUUGAUAUGAGCAAUGAACCUCUUUUUUCAUCUUUUCUGGUGUAUAUGGGUA